CAGCAAAUGUACAAACUACUGCCUGACUGAACUACUGUCGCAUCGUGAUGACGUGCUACACGUUCGCGUUCAGGAACAGAAUUCACCGAGCAUUGAGCAAAACCUUACAUUACAAACAGUCGACAGCAGGCUGGUUUUCAGCACAUGUUGAUGGAGUAGAUGCUCCACUGAAAUGACAGACCAGGGCAACAAUAAUCAGAACAUCUCUCGAAACCCGUUUGCUGCCCUGUUCAGUUCACUUGCUGACGCAAAGCAGUUCGCAUCUGGCCAAAAUCUACAUCAGCUACAAGCUGCACCACCAUCGGAAGAGUCUGGAGAGAGCCAGUCUGAGUCUGAAAACUCUGUGUCAGACAGUAACGGGGACAACGAUGACUCAGUGGCCGAGAUCAGCCGCUCUUUCCGGUCACGACAGGAACUCUGUGAACAGCUCAAUAUCAAUCACAUGAUCCAGAGAAUCUUCCUUAUCACGUUGGACAACAGUGACCCUAGUCUUAGAAGUGAUAAUGGCAUCCCCCUGCGCUGUGUCUACCUUGGAGAGAUGGCAGCUGAUCUCGAUGGCCAGGACUGGCUUGACAUGGACACGAUAGAGCAGGCCAUUUUCAGCAGACUUCUUUUACCGGAACCGGGUAACCACCUAAUCUACAUGACUUCAUGCAGUGUCGCAAACCUGUCAGCAGAUCGUGAUGCUGGGGAGAAACUAGCCAUACCAUACCUGUAUGCCUGCUACCAGAGAGCUAAGGAAGAGGUCACUAAAGUACCAGAGAAGCUGCUAUCCUAUGCUGUGCGCUGUAAGAACCUGACAGUGUCCAAUGCUUGCACAGUGCUACUUACUCCUGAGAUCUACACCAGCCAGAAUGUGUAUGAACAACUACUGGAUCUGCUUCUGGAGGCAGUUAACAGAGCCCAGAUGGAGGAGGUAGUGGAAUUUUUCGAGGAAGUUAUUGCUGGCCUUUUGACUGACCAAGAAGUGCGCACGUUUAUGGAGGUUAUGGUGCCAGUAUUUGAAAUUUUCCAGAGUCGUGUGAAAGACUUAGACCUCUGCCAUCUGCUGCUUUACUCCUACUUGGACAUUCUAGUUUACUUUAGUCGGCAAAAAGACAUAGCAAAGGUUUUGGUGGAACACAUUCAUCCCAAAGAUCCUACUAAUGGACUUCAGUAUCAGAAGACUCUUCUGGGCACUGUUUUAAAUAUAUCUUGUCUGCUGAAAACCCCAGGGGUGGUGGAAAACCAUGGUUUUUUCCUCAACCCCUCCCGCUCCAGCCCGCAGGAAAUGAAGAUUCAGGAAUCUAAUAUCCACCAGUUCAUGGGACAAUUUUCUGACAAGUUGCAGCAGAUCCUGAAGAAUCUGCUGCAGCAAUCGGCGGAGACUCGUCACCUUCUGCUCUCGUGGCUGGGCAACUGCCUGCAGGCCAACAUGGGCCGUGCCAAAAUCUGGGCCAACCAGAUGCCUGAGAUCUUCUUCCAGAUGUAUGCUUCGGAUGCAUUCUUCCUAAAUCUAGGCGCUGCACUUCUCAAACUCUGCCAGCCCUUCUGUCGCCCUCACUCUUCAAAGCUCCUUACAUUUAAUCCCACAUACUGUGCUCUUACAGACUUGAGUGAGGAAGAAAGGCGCAAUAGGAACGUUCAUGCUAAAGGGCUUGACAAAGAGACAUGUCUGAUUCCUGUUCCACCGCAGCAAACAGUCGAAUUUCCCCAAACAUACAGCCUUCUCACAGAAAACCUGGUAUUCACUCAGCUCACCCUGCACCUGGGCUUCCACAGACUGCAUGAUCAGAUGGUGAAAAUGAAUCAGUCGCUGCAUCGGCUGCAGGGUACUUGGCGGGAGGCACAGCUCAACGGAGGGCCGAUGGCAGAGCAGCUAAGGGAGCAAUUUGAGCGUCUCAUGACUGUUUACCUGUCCACCAAGGCUGCUGCCACUCAGCCUUCCAUGCUUCAGAACUGCCUCAAUCUGCAGGCCUCCUGUGCUUCUCUUCUUGUACAACUCGGUUUGGGAAACAAGGGCCUUGAACACAUUCCCUUGUCCUUCCCUCUGCCUCCACUACAGAACAGCCUGAUCUGCUAUGUGCCAGAGUUUUUUGCAGAGAACAUGGGCGAUCUCUUCAUAUUCCUUCGGCGCUUUGCAGACGACGUCCUGGAGUCCUCUGAAGAAAACUUGGAGCACGUCCUCAAUUUCAUCACGGUUUACAUGGGAAAUGUAGAGAGAAUGAAAAAUCCUCAUUUGAGGGCAAAACUAGCAGAGGUUCUGGAGGCAGUGAUGCCACACAUGGAUUCUGUGUCACCCGGUGCUCCCCAGAUCAUUAUGUUCCGGCGACAGAGGGCAUUCUCCUCUUACUGCCAUGCGCCUCGUCUAGCCGAGGCUCUCAUUACUGUGUUUGUAGACAUUGAGUUUACUGGUGAUCCACACCAGUUUGAACAAAAGUUUAAUUACAGAAGGCCCAUGUACCCCAUUCUGAAGUACAUGUGGGGAGAGAAGAGUUAUAGAGAGAGUAUUAAGCAAUUGGCAGAUUUUGCAUCUGAAAAUCUAGAGGCCAUGAAUCCGCCACUCUUUUUGAGGUUUCUUAAUCUGCUUAUGAAUGAUGCCAUUUUCUUACUAGAUGAAGCCAUACAGUACCUGAGUAAAAUCAAGCUCAUCCAGAUUGAGAGGGACCGUGGUGAUUGGGAAAGUCUGGCCCCUGAUGCCCGACGAGAGAAGGAGUCCAGCCUGCAAAUGUUCGGACAGCUGGCUCGUUUCCACAAUAUCAUGUCAAAUGAGACAAUUGGCACUCUGGCUUUUCUGACAUCUGAAAUCAAAGGCAUCUUUGUUCAUCCUUUCCUCGCUGAAAGAAUCAUCUCCAUGCUCAAUUACUUUUUGCAACACUUGGUGGGGCCCAAGAUGGGAGCUCUUAAAGUGAAAGACUUCAGCGAAUUCGACUUCAAGCCUCAGCAGCUAGUGUCGGACAUCUGUACUAUUUACCUAAACCUAGGAGACGAGGAAAACUUCUGUGCCACUGUCCCAAAGGAUGGGAGGUCGUAUUCCCCCACCCUUUUCUGUCAAACCGUUCGAGUCCUGAAGAAGAUCAACAAACCUGGGGAUAUUAUAGUGGCAUUCAGCCUCCUGGCAGAUAAAAUAAAGUCUUUGGCAGAUCGACAUCAGCAGGAAGAGGAGACUUAUUCAGAUGCUCCAGAUGAAUUUUUAGAUCCCAUCAUGUCAACCUUGAUGCUUGAUCCUGUGCUACUUCCUUCUUCCAAUGUCACAGUUGACCGUUCAACAAUAGCCCGGCACUUGCUUAGUGAUCAGACAGACCCUUUCAACCGCAGUCCACUCACCAUGGACCAGAUCAGACCCAAUGAAGAGCUCAAGCAACAGAUCAUGCAGUGGCUAGCUGAACACAAGCAGAGGGAUGUGCAGAUGGGACCCAGUGGCUAACAUGCGCACACACACACAGACACACACACAGACACACACAAACAACCGCCAAUCUCCUGUCCAUCAUGUCUAAGCCAUAUAACAACACAUUCAAUCAUUCAUUCAUCACAAGAGCAACACAUAUAUCUACUGGCAUGGUGUAAUAAUCUCUGUUAAUGUCAAACAUUUUCAUAUAACAUACAUCUGUCUAAAGUUUGUCUAAUUUACAUCUGCUCAGAAUGAAUAUCAGUAGUUAUAUUAAUGUCUAACUGCAGCAAGCUUUUAUACUGCUUUAAUAAAUGGUUCAUAAUAUUUGCUGUCUUGCUUUCUGCCUUGUACAGAUUUUUUUUUCUUGCAGAAUUUUUUUUUUGAUUCGUGUGUACAGACAAUAUAAAGAUCUUCGACAAUAAAAAAAACAACAAAAAAGUUACACUUUUCUUCUAUCCUUAGGAAAAACAGUUUAACAAAUUAACCCAUUUUGGUUAUCAUAAUUGUGUGAAACAGAUUUGCCAUGCUAUCUUAUUAUCAUCAGAAGUCUAGAAAUCUCAGAAACUUGCGGUUUUAUUCACUUACCGCAAUGAGCAGUGUCUGUUUUUUUUUUUUUUAAAGUUUGUGUGAACCUAAUGAUAUACAUUUUUAAAAGGUUUCUCUAGGAUAUAAUGGAAUUACUGUCAAGUAACUGCAUUUUCUUUGCACCUGCUUAAUUUGCAUUACAAAUUAAAUUUUUUUUUUUGCUCAUUACAAAUGAAAUGCUUCUUUUAACUUGACACAUCAUCAUAGUUUUGUGUUCCAUUUUAAUGACACUAUAUGUAAAUUGUCAUCUCUGUGCAUACUACAGGAAUUCAUUAUGUUUGUAGAGUCACUUCUUGAAACCGAGCCAGACUGUGCAUUUUCAGUUACUGUGGCUCAUCGUGUACCAAGAACAGAAUGACCUCAGUGUGAAAAAUGAGAAAUUGUGGAUGUCUUUAAUUGUUUGACCUUGUACUCUAAAGAGAACUUUAAAGCUAACGCCAAGUAUUGUUCAUCUUUCUUUUAACAGACAAUGCUCUUAAGAAAACUGGUUUGGAGUAAAUCUGAAUGUAGCCUGUAAUAAUAAUGAUGUUAUUAUUAUUAUUAUUAUUAUUAUUAUUAUGAUUAUUAUUAUUAUCAUUAAUUAUUAUUAUUCAUUUUAUGCCAGCACAGUGUGUGUUUAAAAUGUUCAUCUUUUUUCAGAUUCUGGCAACGUAUUUGAUCACAAAUAUUGUCU